GUCUCGACGGCCCAAACGUUCGCCUCCACACUCCGACGCUACUGCGCUGAGGGCUGAAGGCAAUGGCGCCGCCGCCGCCGCCGGUGGCGAUGGCGGUGGCAGCAGCUGACGAGGAACCCGACGAGAUCCUGGAGGUGGGGUGCGCGGGGUGCGGGGAGACGCUGGAGGUGGAGCGGGGGCUGACGGAGUUCGUCUGCCCGGACUGCGCCACGCCGCAGUCGCUCCCGCCGGAUCUCAUGCCGGCCCCGCCGCCGCCGCGGCGGAGGGCGCUGCCCCUCCCCCGGGGUGCCGCGGACGCGCGCGGGGCGCGGCUGCCCUGCGGCUCCUGCGGCGAGCUCCUGAGCGUCCCCGUCGGGCUGUCGCGCUGCGCCUGCCCGCUCUGCGGCGCCGAGCUCGCCGUCUACCCCGCGCGGCUCCGGAACUACAUCCUGUCCUCCGCCGCGACGGCCGCCGUGCCGGUGCCGGUGCCGGUCGCCCCCGCCCCCGCGCAACCCAUCCUCGGUGGCCGGGAGGCAUGGCAAAGGCGCCCUAAUUCUGCAGUUCGUUCAGGAUUUGCCCGAGCAGAAGCUGAUGAUAGACUAUUUCCUCUUGAACGGUCACGGAUACAGCAUCCCGAUCGUCUUAUUCAUCUACAGCAGGAUGAAGAAGAGUAUCCUGAUGGUGUGUUUGGUGGAGAGGAAGCUCAUGAGAUUGUUUCAAGUAAUAUCCAGCAGAGGAACCGAUGUUCAGUUGAACCUGGUAUUGUAAGUGUGAAGAAUAGGUUGUUGCCGAUAAAAGCGGCCAGGCAUCAGGUACAUGAUCAGCGUUCAAGCUACGGUACUCAGCGAAAGCCGGCACAACUAGCACGCCUGCAUAGAGUCAUUCAUUCAGAGGAGGUACAGGAGGGGCCUCUUAGCCAUGAAGUUUAUAGAGAAGCAAGCCAUGCUGAACUGAUAUAUGAGACUGCUACAACUCAUAGCAACCGGAGAAUUAUGUGCUCUGUUGCCCCCGAAGCUGUUGGGAGUGUAGAUAAGAGGCGUAUUGAACACGAUAAUCAGAUCACACAGAAGCGGCAAAAGCAUACUGCUCAUGCAAUUCGUGCAGAGCACACUCAGGUAGGGUGUCUAGAUGGUGCGAUUCAUGCAGAGGAGGCGCAACCGGAACCUGUUGACCAAGCAAAUCAUGGAGAAGAGGGAUGCAUUCAGGUUAUAGAUAAAACAACUGCAAGGGGUGACAGUUGGAAAUCUGGAUGCUCAGUUAGACAUAACACUGUUAGUGCAGGGAAGAGAAAAACAUCGACCGCCGAUCAGGUCACAAAGCAGACACAAACAAAUCAAUCUUAUGCUAAUGAUGCAGAACAUGCACAGAUAGAGCAUCCAGAUCAGGAAAUUCACGAGGAUGUAAGUCAAACGACUCAUAGAGAAGCCAUGUGCUUUCGACCCAGAAAAGAUUCUUCUGCAAGGCAUAGCGAGCAGGACAUUGUACACGUAGUUGAUCCUAAAAAUAAUGUUAACAAGAGACAGAUAGAGCCACUGAGCCAUGUUAUACAGCACACAGGACAUACCUCUGAUAUUAAUAAUCAUGCAAUGCAGGUGGAUUUUGAUCCUCAGAGUAAGCAUAUUGGAAGAAAAGGCAAACCAAAAACUGGAACUGGAGUUGACUCUAAUUUGACCCUAAAGAACCAGGAUCUGCUAGUCUCUCCGAAUCAGCUUAGCCAUAUAAAUCAGAAACACAUGCCCCCCAAUCAUGAGGCUCAGAAGAAGCAUAUUAAUGUCGAAAAUUGCAAGCAGCCUUCUAGUCAAGCCCGGGAGAAGAACAGGAAGGGGCUGAUGGCUUCUUCAAAUUCAAGUCUUCAUCUUAGGCGUAGUAAACGUUUGGCCAAAGAUUCAGUUGCUGUUGUAGAAAAUGAACCAGUUGAAAAUGACCCUGUUGACCUGCAGGUUUCUUCUCCGAAUUGCCAGGUGUCGGCGGUUGCUAUGUCUAGUGAACCAAUAGAACAGGAGCCUAUUCUGCAUCAGUCUCCUUCUCCAAAUUGUGAAGUUUUAGUAUCUACGACAGACGCCGAAUCUGUAGAAAGUGAGCAUCACGAGCAUUGUGCUUUUUCUCCACAUCAAAGCAUGUCUGACCCUCCAGACAUUGACAGAAUCAUUGCUGGUCUUUGCCCUAGCACAUCCUCUGUUCAUGAGAAGCCUCGGGAAAUAUCUAGUGAACCAGAUGACCCUGAUUUAGCCACAACUCCUUCAAAUCCUGAUAUGUCUGAUCCUGAGCGUUUUGCUCAACAUUACUGUCAGGUAUUCCCUCUAGAGGUCAGAAGGGCCCUUUCAAAGAAAAGAUCUAAUUCAUUACUUAAUCAUCUAGUCUCCGAGGAAUGUUCCGAUGAGGAAUUUGUGCAUGAUUUUCCUGAUGCGGAGCAAGCACGUGAUUGUCAGAAGCCAUCUGGCCAGAAUAUUGGUAGCAAGAGAAAGAAAGGACACAGGCGUGGCCCUACCCUUUGUGUCAAAGUGUGGACCUUGCCUGAAGGUGUGCGGCUUCCAGUAUCCUUGAACAAUUCAGGUUUUCCUAUUGGAAAAAAUGCUGCCAUGUUUGGUAACUUUCUGGGCACACUAGCGCGUGAUGGAAUAUUGGCACCUCUUACAUAUAAAAAAUGGAAAAGUAUACCAAAGGAGAACAAGGAUGUAAUGUGGCAUAUUAUUAAGCUUAAAUUUUAUGUUGCUCCAUCUUCCGAGUCCUUGCUACUGAAAUGCAUAAGAACAAAGUGGAGGAAUUGGAGGUGUAACUUAAAACGAAAACACUAUGAUUCUCAUAUAACUGAAGAGGAACGUCUUGCUGAUUGUGAUCCUCGUGUCCUAAAAGAACAGUGGCGAUUCCUUGUUGCAUUUUGGAAUACCGAAGAGGCACAGGCUGCAAGUGCUAGAUGCAAAGCUUCUCGAGCAAAAUCAACCUAUAUCAGCUCUACAGGAUCGAAGAGCUUUGCACGGAUACUUGACGAAGAGUCAUGUUCUCGUGACAAGGCUCGUAAGCGCAGUGAUGAUGUCACAGCCAUGGGUGAAAAGAGGAGGGGUAGGAUGCAUAACCAUGAACCUGGGGCCAGCCCUAGUGGCCUGAAGGAAAAGGCAGCCCUUAAGGCAUCCUUCAAGGAAGCUGUGGAUGCAAAAGAGAUUGCUGAAAAUGAGGCUGCCACACUGAGGAAGAAGAUGAUGGUAAUGGAGGAAAGUCAGAAAAAGCUGCAGGAGGAUUUGGCUAACAUGAGGAAUACAGUGAGCGCCAUGCAGAAAAUGAUGUCAAAUGGUGGUUUGCCUGAUGGAUUGAUGGGUGCAUCAACGGCGCCUCCAAGUUUUCCACAGGGCCAAAAUGCAUCGAGCUCUCGUGAUGAUUUGCAGUCCCCCUAUAUUGAUUACUCUGUGCUGUACAACCCUAACUCUUCUAGCCAACAAACUCGAUGAUUGCCUCACGGGUAAUGUUGAACCUGGUUGGUGGAUGCUCGAGUACACAGUGGAAGUAUUACUCACAUCCUAGCAUGCUGAUCGUGCAGGCGUCGCAAGGAUCUCAGAUAUGCUGCAUCUGCGUUUUCCAUUUAGUUGGUUGGUCACGCAUGAUAGCAGCUUUCUUUGGUCCUUCUUUGAGUUGUUAGGAGAGUAAUUGGGAGAGUAAUGUGGUUGGUCUUCCACUGUGUUCCAUUUCACUUCCAAUCUUGCAGAUGGCAUGUUUGAAAUUUGAAAACAACAAUAUGUGUUCGUGUGUGUUGGUGUCACCGUGUCAGCAUCUUCAAAACAACAGUCCCUUUUCUUAUAUCGUAAUUUCAAACUGUAUAUGUAGUCACCUGGAUGUUGUAUAA